AAGAUAUUCUAGAUAUUCUCCCUCAAUUUCAUUUCUCUAUUAGAUCCAAUUAGAAUGAAGAAGCGAUGAUAUGAAUUAGAUCAAUUUGGGACUCUUUUAAUUGGAAAUAUGGCCUCAAAUGGCCUCGCCUCACCCCCUCUACCUGGACGGGAUGGAGUAACUCCGGGGCCACUGUCGCCCACAGGUACUUCAACUCCGGGCUCUGUGGGCCGGAGUUCAAAUCCCUUAUCAUCAAAAGUGACGUCUGUACUAUCGACCUCAUACGCAGACGCGGAAUUCCGCGAGAGUCUAGCUCUACUGGAUGAGCGCGGUAUUAGCAACACUGCUGAGACGCGGAGACAAUUGCGACUAGACGUCCAAAAGGAGGUGAUUGAUAGCAAUGGCAAAAUUAUAACGGAAUUCGGCCGAGUGGCUGAACAAUUAAGGAGGAUUGGGACAACUAUUGAUAAACUGAAUAAGAGCUACCAAGAGAUGAGAGGCCACGUCACCACAGCUCAUGAGUCGACAUCUACCAUGCUAGAGGAGGCAUCUUCUCUCAUGACGCAGAGGCGGAAUAUCGAAACCAAGCAGCAAGUGUUAAAGGCCUUCCGAGAGCACUUCGUACUUUCGGAGGACGAGGUAGCCUGGUUGACUUUAACAGCUGAGCCCGUCGACGAUCGCUUCUUUGCCGUCUUGGCUAAAGCUAAACGUAUUAGAAAGGAUUGCGAAUUCCUUCUUGGUUUUGAGAGUCAGACCUUGGGUCUUGAGAUCAUGGACCAAACCUCAAAGAAUCUGAACCAGGCCUUCCAGAAGCUGUACCGUUGGGUCCAGAAAGAGUUCAAGACACUUAAUCUUGAGAACCCUCAGAUUAAUUCGUCUGUGCGCCGUGCUAUUCGUGUGCUUGCCGAGCGUCCAUCUCUCUUCCAAAGCUGUCUGGAUUUCUUCGCCGAGGCAAGGGAGCAAAUCCUAUCCGAUGCCUUCUACCUAGCACUGACAGGCACAUCGGCGUCUGGUACCAAGGACCACUCUGUUAAGCCCAUAGAGCUAGUAGCUCACGAUCCGUUACGAUACGCAGGUGACAUGCUAGCUUGGACGCAUUCCGCCGCAGUUUCCGAGCGGGAGGCUCUUGAAAUCCUUUUUAUCUCCGACGGAAAUGAAAUUGCAAAGGGAAUUCAAGAAGGCCGAGAAAAUGAACUGUGGAAUCUAAUGGCCGACGAAGCCGACGGGCCCCCAGAAUUCGAUGCUGUCAAGGCCCUAAACGAGCUAGUCGACAGAGAUGUCUCCGGCGCAGCGCGCAUACUACGGCAGCGUGUUGAACAAGUCAUCCAGACCAAUGAGGAAACAAUCCUAGCAUACAAACUCGCGAACCUACUCAGCUUCUACCGCGUCACUUUUUCAAAACUUCUCGGCGCCGAUUCGGUCCUCUUACAAUCAAUGGCAAAUCUCGAAUCCGAAGCCCUGCGCCAAUUCCGCUCCUUAAUGCGCGACCACAUCACAACACUAGAAGGCGAAUUCCAGCACACGCCUUCAGACCUCGGACCCCCAGAGUUCCUACAAGAAGCACUCAAACAACUCACCGCUAUCAUGCGAACAUACGAAACAUCCCUUGCCGCAGAUGACGAUAACAGGGAAGCUGAAUUCGAGCCCGUGCUUGCCGAAUCCUUCGACCCAUUCAUGUCAGGCUGCGAAAACAUGUCCAAGAACGUCUCCCCGCCCUCCGAUUCCAUAUUCCUCCUCAACUGCCUCCUCGCCGCGCAAUCUGCCCUCGAGCCUUUUACCGCAUUCACAUCAACCCGCCUCGCGCGUCUUCGCUCCAUCAUCGAUUCCCAUAGCGCCCGUCUUAUCGACAGCCAAUACGCCUUCUUCCGCACCGGGUCCGCUCUCGAACCCUUGUUCACAGCCCUAGACCCCCUUAGCGACGCACGUGGCGAUGACGUCCUACAAGUCGCCGACGGCAAGCUCGAUGUGCUACAAGCAGAAGCGUUGGUACACGCAGCGCAGGGUCUAGAUGACUUCCUUCCAUCCGCUGUCAUGGACGCCCUCGAGAACGUUAAGCACCUUCAAGACGCGAAGCUGGCGCGGUACGUAACUGAGGAGGCGGCCGAGCGGUUCUGUGCCGACUUCGAGCAUGUUGAGGAGUUACUUGUCGCAGCGGAUGAGUUAAUCGAGGAGAGGGAGGAGCACCAGACGGGCGUGGGAUUAGGAAUAGAAUUGGGAGUGAAUACUGGGGCAGGAGAAGAAGGGGAGAAGCCUAGGCUUCGGGCGUUGUUCCCAAGGACGACUGGUGAGAUUAGAGUGUUGUUAUCAUGAUACGAUGAAGUGGAAGCCAUUUAAUCUGCUAUCUGUUGCAUUGUGCGAUGUUAUUGUAGCAGUACUACUACCGCCAUUGAUAUCAGUGGAAGGACAUUCAAAUAUAUAUCACAAAUUAGACGACAUAAAAUUUGUAUCCAUGGACGUAUCAAUGU